UCAACAAACAAUGAACAUCAUUCUCCAACCGGAGUAGACCUAAACAAAGCGGUCCAAUUUCUGAAUCAUCACGGCAUCCUGUCCAUUUUUGCAUCCUCACAUAAUUUCCUUUUAUGUAGGUGACGAUUAGGCAGGGACCCAGCCUCUAUAUUAGGCCGGAAACCGUAAAUAUGUCUAUCACUUCACAGCAGCCUCAGGUCGUCCUGGUUCUAUGCGGUCUCGUGGGUUCAGGAAAGGUAAUAAUUUUUGUCUCUGCUUCAUCGCACUUUUUACUGUUUCCACUGCAGUCAGUGUUCGCCCAGUCUCUAGAACACCAAUAUCCGAAUUUUUUACGGUGUUGUCAAGACGAGUUGGGGUCGCGUAGGAAAGUUGAGCUUGCUGUGAGACAGGCGCUUUCAGAGGGCCGUUCUAUUAUUGUCGAUCGGACGAACGUGGACAUCAGGUCAAAGAAGGACGUGGCUGGAUAUCGCGGAUGAAUUCCCAUCUGUUGAAAAGUGGUGUAUAAUGAUGGACACGCCAUACGAGGUAUGAAUUUGAGAUUAUUAUCCGAACCGGGAAGGUG